AGCAUGAAUAGAAAAAGCAAAGACACGGUAAAGAGAAAAGUUGACCAGGAAUAUCAAAGUCGCAUCAGUGAUGUAGUAACAGACGCAUUGCCGUUCGAAGUUCCUCAGGGACAAAGCGUUCCAUCUGAACAGGUUUUGGGAGAUGUGAUUGGUGCUACUGGUUUCACAAUAUAUGGAUCUGAGCCGACACAAACAAGUAUCAAUGCAAAAUCUAAAGCACAGGGGAUGGGAUUUUUGACAGAUGAUAUAAAUAAAGCGUUUGAUUACUUAUUACAAAAAAAGGCUGGAAAGGAUGUGACUGCACAAGAACUUGUUGAAGAGAUUUUGAGAUCUCAGGCUGCAAAGAAAUGAUGAAUCGAGAACUAUUUAAUUAUGAAAUUCAAAUAAACGUUUUUUAAAUGUUCAAUUGACAAGUAUCAAAACAUAUUAGAAUUCUUUUUGUAAAAUUUAUUACUACCACAGUGUGUUCAAGUUUACUUACCAAAAUGU